AUCCUCGCCCCCCCUCUCUCCCUAGCACCGUCCUCCCCUUCGGGUCGACUUCACGGCUCUCUCCCUCUCUGUCACCUCCGUUGAGCAGCAGGAAGCUACCGUCCUGCUCUCACUUCAUCUUCGAGAGCUUGUCUGAUAGCCGUUGCCUCCCACCUCGUUGCAGUGCAACUCGGGUAGACCUCCCACGACCUUUUGGUCCUGGAGGGCAUUUCUUGCCACAGCUCCGAAGUGGAGAAGCUUCGCUCUUGUGGUUUUUCAAUUAUCAGGUCUCAGACACCUCUUGUCUUUCUCUCACAGCUGGUCUAUUUCAUUAUCAAGAGCUUUUGAUCAAAACAUUGCAAACAGUUUCGACUCAACUAGUUAGAUUGACCUCUCAGUUUGACAGCAAUACAGGAAGGGAAGGGCACAGAUCUUGCUGAAUUGCGAACUUUUGAUCUCUUCAAUGUCUGUUGCAGGACUUCUCCGCCAGCAGAUGAGAGAUAGCCCUUACUCACACAUGGCGCAAGACGAUGAUACGUACAGCGUGACGUCGUCGCGGAUGGAUGAAGAACCAGGAGACAAGAAAGUGAAACAUAACAAAGUUGAGCAAAAGCGUAGAGAACUCACCAAGCAAUAUGUCGCUGAACUGCAAGAGAUGCUGCCAAAUAUGGAAGAUAAUGCUCCCGGUGCUGGCAUCAAUGUUGUGUUGGAAGGAGUGCUAGAUUAUCUUCAAUCUGUUGAUCUCAAUGCCACAAAGCCCAGAAAUUCUCCUGAUCCAAACAACAUGCAGAGAUCCAUGAAUAGCACUCAGGAAGAAAACUCGAUUAUGGUUGAUGCUAGCAAGUUGAAGGCUGGUCGUGCAUGCGUGAACUUGUCGCACCUCCGCUAUUUGUCUGCCUUUGACACGGCUCCUUUUGGCAUUGCGAUCGCCCGAGCAGACGGGAGGAUCAUGAGGGUGAAUGGAGUCUUUGAGAAGAUCAUGAACUUUAUGCCUGGCAAAUGGCGUGGGGAGACAAUGUUUUCUCUCACUGCACCGUCGGACUUGCCCUACACCAUGCAGGCCGUCGGCUCCCUGCUGAACGGCUCAGAAGGACCUGUGAACUUGAACAAGCGCUGCGUCAGAGCGAGUGGGGAGGAGAUAGAUUUGAACGCGCAGAUGACAUGUCUAUGGCGGGACAAGAAGCCCGAGUACUUCUUGUGCUACCUCCGACUCCAUGAUCCCAACGAUGUGCACCAUAUGCAGCUGCCUCCCUCGUCACGUGUGGAGUCUGUCGCCUCCUCCUACAUGGGCAGCCCGGCGGAGCAAGAGGUCGAGUCACCUCCAGACGCGGAAACAUUCCACAGGAGCGCAGGAAGCACGCACAUGUCAAUGGACUGGUCCUCAGCUGGUCUGAACUUCCCCAGCUCGACUUAAGCUGCCACUGUCCGAACUAGAUUGUCUGUAGUGUAUGUUUAGCUUCUCCUGGUUGAUUGCUCGCGUGCUGCAUUAAAAUAACUUCAAAUA